AUGGCGGCAAUUGUUCGUUUAAAACGUCGUAUAACCGACGAACCGCUAGAAAAAAUUUUGGUCUCUUGUUGCAAGAAACAGAAAUGUGAGAAUGGAAGUGAAAAACAAUCUGAAAACCUUGAAGAAAAUAUCACAACACAAGUGUUAAAGUUUGCAGGAACCGUCCCAGAUAAGAAUGAGGAAAUCUCCAAGCACAUCAAAAAUGCCAUCAGGAAGGAAAAGCUUGCAAAGGAGUACAAACGACACAUUAACUGUGACAUCUCAGCCCAGAACCGGGUCAUUAAAAAGAUCAGUUCAAACAAGAACAGAUACAACAUUGUGUCACAGUUCAGGGCCAAACAGCUUGAUAAGAUUGAUGAAAUCGUCGAUGAGGAGGCAGAAGCCAAUAAGAAAGAUGAUAAAACAAAAGAAGCAGAAGGCAGUGAAAAAAGUGAGAAAUUGUUUUGCCUCUAUGACAUGGAGCAGGAGUAUAUAACACAGAAUCAGAGCCCUGAAGAGGAAAUUGUGACUUGCAACUCUGUUCCAAUGAUCAAAGAAAAAGUGACACUCCCAAUGAAUGACGCUGACAAGACUUAUGUUUAUGACCUGUACUACAUCAACCAGCCACACUUUAAUUAUUCUUGGCUGGAGAAUAUUCCUUAUGUUGAUGUCUACAAACAAGAUGAGCUUUUUAUCAAUGACCAAUAUUCAGACUCUGAAGAUAUCUAUGAGGAUGAUGAUGAUGACAAGGAAGAUGAUGAUGAUGAUGAUUCUAAAGAUGAAUUCAAUGCAGCAAAUUCAGAUGAUGACGAUUAUCUGGCUGCAAAAUUGGAACGCUGUUUUCUUGGUAACGAUGAUGAGGACCAUGAUAAUGAAGGAGAAGAAGAUGGAGAGCAUUAUAAUUAUGAUGAAUGCAAUCAGUUUUUUGGGGGGUUUUCCAGACACACAUCUUAUAAAAAUUACAUGGAAAGAGUACUUAAAGAACUUAGUGACACUUGA